AUGGAGGAGGUCGGGGGGAGCGGUCCCGCCGCGGAGCUGUGUGUGUGCUCGGAAACCCGUGUCGGGGCUCUGCAGAUGGGACCCCUUUGGAGAGGUGGGCGUGGGGCUCAAGGGCGCGGGAGGGAGGGGGAGGGCCGAGGGGCGUGUAACGAGCAGGUCCCUCUCGGAGCCCGGAGGCCCUCGGAGGCCCCCCGCAGGUCUCAGGCUCGGUCCCCAGAGAAGCACCCGGAUCCAAAGACCACUCAGGCCUGGGCACCCAGUCGUCGUCGCGCCCAGCCCUGGGAAGGGGUUGGAUGCCUCCCUUCGCAGAGAAAACGUUCCCCUCUGGCCCGCCUAUGA